AUGUCACGCUUCUGUGGCUCCCAGUUGGACCUGCGCAUCCUGCAGGUUUCAGGACACCAGGUCCCCUCUGCACCAGGACCGGUUCAGAGCUUUGCUGCCACUUGCCAUGUCGAGGCCCGCUGCAUCCAAGCGCCUCUUUCAUUCAGCGAGUACGACUACGUGAGCUACCAGUCCGACCUGGGCGCCUACCAGAGCGGGCGCUUCUACCCCAAGCCGCACCAGUGCGUGCCGAUCCCCGCCGACCUGCGCCUCUGCCACAGCGUGGGCUACGACAAGAUGGUGCUGCCCAACCUGCUGGACCACGAGACCAUGGCCGAGGUCAAGCACCAGGCCAGCAGCUGGGUGCCGCUGCUCAACAAGAACUGCCACAUGGGCACCCAGGUCUUCCUCUGCGCCCUCUUCGCGCCCGUCUGCCUGGACCGGCCUGUCUACCCCUGCCGCUGGCUCUGCGAGGCCGUGCGCGACGCCUGCGAGCCUGUCAUGCAGUUCUUCGGCUUCUACUGGCCUGACAUGCUCAAGUGUGACCAGUUCCCCCAGGACGACGUCUGCAUCGCCAUGACCACCCCCAACGCCACCGAGGUGGCCAGGCCCAAAGGCUCAGGCGUGUGCCCCCCCUGCGACAAUGAGAUGAAGUCGGAGGCCAUCAUAGAGCACCUCUGCGCCAGUGAAUUCGCUCUGAAGAUGACAAUAAAGGAGGUGAAAAGGGAGAACGGGGAUAGGAAGAUUAUCCCGAAGAAGAGGAAGGCGUUGAAAAUGGGCCCCAUCAGGAAAAAGAACCUGAAGAAGCUCGUCCUGUACCUAAAGAACGGGGCUGGGUGCCCGUGCCACCAGCUGGACAACCUGAACCACUACUUCCUGAUCAUGGGCCGGCAGGUGAAGAGCCAGUACCUGCUGACGGCCAUUUACAAGUGGGAUAAGAAGAACAAGGAGUUCAAGCAGUUCAUGAAGAAGAUGAAAAGCCCAGAUUGUCCCACGUUCCCGUCGGUCUUCAAAUGAGGCGGCAGCCAGAGGGACUCCUGCUGGUGUGGACCUUGCACAGCCCCGGCCCGGGGCUCACACAUCCCCCCUCUAGUAGUGGAUGUUGUCCCCAUCCCUGUUUUGUUUCUUUGUCUUUGUUAGAGCUUCCUUUCAAGGUCUGCCCCAGCGUCCGUACCCCCCUGGACACGGGCAUCGACAGUGCGACACCCCCGCACGGCACAGUCACCCCCUGUCAACACCUGCGGUGUGGGAUGGCCCCUGUUGCUGUUGUGAGAUGCAAGCCUGUUCAGACGUGGAGCCUGGCAGGGCAAGGAAAAGGGGGAGGUGAAACUAGAAGGAUAGACCAGAAGGGACCGGUGAGACCAGCCAGUCUGACGUCUCGUACCACACAGGCCAGGGGGCUGCCCUGAAUUCCCUCCUGUCUGAGCUAGACCGUAGCUGUUAGGAAAACAUCCAGGCUCACUGUAAGGAUCUCCAGCGAUGGAGAAUCCGCCACGGCUCUGGAUAAAUUGUCCGAUACUUCAUUUCCCUCGCUCAGAAAGCCGCACCUUGUUUCUGUUUGACACUUGUGCAGCUCCACCUCCAGCCUUUGGAGCUUGUCUGUCCAUCUGCUGGGCGGGGAGAGCCCUGCGUGGGCACAGGGAAAGUCCUAAAUGGCCUAGAAUCAGGAACAGCUCCCGCUGGCCCCGCUGCAGGUCCACUUCUUGCUGAUGCCCUGUUUGCAGGUACUUUUGAGCCCUGUCCGUUAGCCAGAGUUGUCUGGGUCGCAAAGCCUCGCAGAAGGCAUCAGAGCAAUCACCUCUACCAAGCAAGCCAGCACCCUCACACACAUACGUCACCUUAGUUGGACAGGAUCUGUUUCCCAGAACGCCGUAAUGCCUGGCAUGAAUUGUAUUGCCCUCCCUUAAGUCCGUACUAACUCCGUCCCAUAUCAGUCAUUCCUAUUUUAGCCUAGAUCAUCCUAUUGAAUCAGCCUGACAUGCACUUGCAAAUCCCCGGCUUCGAGGUCUACACUUACUCUUGUCACCUGGUGCAUUGAUUCCUUUCUUAGCUCAGAGGGCUGCUGAUUUCCCCCCACCCUUUUCCCCUGUGGGUUUUACAGCUGCUUUUCUUGCAGGCCACGUGGGGAAAUGGCUGUGUUAAUUGUAACGGAGUGAUGCAGUUAAGACAGGCACACUGUGGAGAGUCCCUGCGGGGUUCCUGAAACUGGCUGUCUUUUCCCUGAUGCAAAACGAACUGUUCCAGGCCACGUGCUUCGGUAGGAGUUGCUGUUGGACCCCAUGCACUCGAGCGCCGCGGGUAGCUGAGGAGGCAGGGGAAGCUGGCGUGAAACAGCCACCCGGAGCUAGAGGAACCCUGGCCUGGUAUUGACCGUGGCCAGACGGCAGCACAUGCAGCAGGCUUCGCUCCAGCUGCCUGCAAAGCAGCUGAGCUGGGCAAAGCUAGUCAGGUCGCUGUGGGGAAGCUUGCCGUUGGCAGAGCGCAGGGACAAGGAGCGGUGGUUUUUCAUCAGAGAAGAGUCACUGAGCAGAUGGGAAUUUGCAAGAGAUGCAGUUUUAGGGGCUGGUGAGCAGCUAGUGGGCUCCUCUCAGCACUGCUUCAUGCUAGGGACAGUACUUUGCACCCUGACUUCUACUCAGGGUGGAGCAGCAGCUGGUAUUUGCAUCCAGCUCCGCUAUCCCCAGUGGGCAGCAUGAAACCAGACAGAAAUCCAGGUCACGUAGGCUUAAAAUCCCAGUCGCCCUGUGCAGGUAGGCUGCGCCCCGCAGAAUGACAGGCUUAUCUCCAGAGAGUGCUUCUUGAACCAGGGUCCAGAGACAUGUGAGGCUAUGGCCCCGAGCGGGAUGAUACCCCCUUGCUUGCCAGUAUCUUGCAUGCAACAGACUGUCUGAUCUUGCGGGUUAACGGGGUUAAUCCAUUUGCUACACUCUGUUUAACAGAGCGAGUUUAGAAAGACAGUGCCCAGGGAACACUGCAUUGUUUGCAUUUCCCUCUCUCUUGUACAGCAUGUUCGUUACCUGGGAGCUCUCGUGGCAGGGGCACUUGCCCCCUUUUGCUGUUCUGGGACUAAAGAAUGAUCUGAUUCUGGGUCCCAGGGACUGACACCAUGCCAGGGCUCUGCGGUCAGCCGGACGGUGCAUCUGGGUUAGGGGCAGCAUUGCUCUCGGAGCUAGGUGGUGGAAAAGCAAUUUGUUACUGUAAUGACCGACUGAAAGCAUCAUAUUGUUGUAUAUUAGCAGUUACUCUGACAGCUCUCUGACCCCCUGUUCUGCCCUCUGCAAAGACCCUUCUUCCAGGUUAGCACAUACUAUUUCAGGCAAGGUUUUCUGGACAUUUCUCUGUUCCUGGAUAGUAAUUCUGCUCUUGCCAAAUUGCUCGGCAAACUGUCAGCAGUUCAGAGAGCGCCUGGAUCUAGCGAUCUGCUGUGCCGGGGCAUCAGUCAGAUGCUCCGGUUCUGCUUUAUGUCUUGUGAUAAAAAACCUGAGAGCCCGUGUUUGCUGUUCCAGCCCAUCCUUUGCAGGCAGCUCAGGGAGACUUCAUUCUGGCUGAAUGUAACUGCUUAGAGAGUUCAUGUAGGGAAGUGUGGCAGGCAGGGGGUUUGGAGAUGUUGGGAGGGGAAAAAUGUAAAGCAUUAGUGCAAUUGGAGUCAUAAAGAUCCUGCCCUUCUAAAGCCUGUGAAAAAGAGCAUGAGGCUUCCUUGUUACUGAAGGUGCCUGCCCUUUUUCUGUACUUAAUUAUGCCUUUAAUGAAAACAGCAGAGCGGCUCCCAGCGUGAAGGCCAGGGCAGCCCCAGGGUCUGGAAAUGAGCUAUGACGUGAAGCCCACCCUAAGCUUUUCGCUGUCGCCUGGAGAACAGCAGCCUCGUACCCGAGUCUGUCAUUUCCAGACCAAGCCACUGAGGGAGUUCCUAGGAGUCACAGGGUUGCAGCUGCCCUGGCUGUCACGGUACAAGUUUGCUCGGAAACGUUGCAGAGGCUCUGUCUGAUGGGAGCCAGAAGCCAGGCGAAUCGUUCCCUGUCCCCUCCGAGACAGGCAGCGCGCACAUUGGAGCUAGUGUGGGCAGACCUGCAGCCCUCUGCAGCAGGUCGAUCGUUUUGCUCCCAGCGUCUGGCGUUUGUAACGCGCGUUGCACAGCUCACGAAUACUCGGUGCGCUCCCCCUCCGCCCAACUGGCUCACGGCACACCCUCACCUCUGCGUGACUCCUGCGCUGACAAGGCAAGGGCGCUUGGCUUGCACGUCAAGAUGCUUUCAGAGAACAGGCCAUCAGGAUUCACAGGCCUGAAAAGCAGAGCUCUCUUAGCAGGAAGCCUGUCUGCCCUGCAC